AUUGAGACUAACGAGAUCGGUCCUUGCGAUAAUUAAAUCUUCGCGCUGUCGUUGUCUUUCCCGCCAGCGAGUUUCUUUUGUUUCCGCGUAUGUCCGCACAUACACAUACAUACGCGCGCACACAACAGUGGUAGCCGUGGUAGAAGAUUAUUCGGUUAUUGUCCUUCGGUGUUCGCCCGCGCCGAUCUGUAGGGACGAUCGAUCUAUCCUCCGUGAUUGAUGUAAUUUAGGACAUUUCGUUGUCGUGGAUAAGCUAUUAUGAAAAAAUUAUCGUCAACUACGACAACGGCGUCGACGACAACAGCGUCGCCGACAACAACAUCGCCGACAACAAGGGCGUCGACGGUCAAAUUGUCAGCGCCAAAGAUGAAGAUACCAUCGAGGAUGACAAUAUCAACAACUGCUGAUAUGACGCCAUUGACAGUAACGGCAGUGUCUCCAUCAAUGUUGUCCACAACGUCUACCUCAGCAUGGGCACUAGAAUCAAGGAUCAUACCACCUAUACUACCGAUACCACCUAUACCACCAUCAUCACGGCCCAUACCGCCCAUAUCAGAAUUUAACUGGAUCACAGAACCACCGAUGUCUACAUGUUCCUCAAUGCCUUCCGUCAAAUCAAUGAAACUGAUGGUGUCCACGACAACAGCAUCAGGGAUGCAGUUGAAGGUAGCGUCGACGAUGGUGCCUGCGUCAACAAUGACGGUAUCGACGGUGUCAACGAUAACGACGCCGACGACAACUGUGUCAAGGAAGACUGUAUUGCCAAUAACAAUGUCAAUGGUAAUACCUGCGUCAACGACCACAUCAAUAACGACUGCAUUAACAACAGGAAUGCCUAUGGCAUCAACGACCAUGAAACUGACUAAAAUGCCUGCGUCAACAAUGAUAGCAUCGACCAUGAUGAUGUCGACAGCAACAGCGGCGUCGACGACAACGGUGUCAAAAAUGAUAGAAAACAACGGAAAUGUUAUCAACGGCAAUAACAACGGUACCGGCGGUGAUGCCUGCGUCAACAACAAUGAUGGUAUCAAUGACAACAACGGCGUCGAAAAGAGUAUCAAACAAGAGGAAAAAGUCGACAUCAACUGCAUUGGCAAUAAUAGCAAUGUCGGCGGUAAUACCUGCGCCAACGACAAUGACCGCGUGAACCGCAUUGCCUACGUUAAUGACAACGCCGGUGCCAUCGGGUACAACAAUGUCAACAAUACGACCGUCGUACCUGCGACGACAAUGGCUGCCCAGACCCUAAUUACAAUACAUAGAGAAGAAUUAGAUGCCCUCGUACAAAAUGCCGUCAGGACCGCUCUAAGAGAACGAAAUCAACGAGAGCGUGAUAGAGGUGGUAGAACAGAAAUACAGAGAAGAGGAAGAGGUGUAGAAAGAGGAAGAGGCGUAGAAAGAGGAAGAGGACGAGGUGAAAGAAGUGGAACAGAAAUACAGAGAAGAGACGAAGAAAGAGAAAUACGAGGAAGGGGAAGAGGAAGAGGAAGAUACGGAUACAGAAACUGGUGUACAAGAAGAAACUGGCAUACAAGGAGGAACUAUACAUACACACACCAGAGUAUUGUAAUGCAUUUUUAUAACUAAAUAUAUAUGAAAACACAUACGUAAAAUAUAUA